CGCGCAUAUUUAGCAACAGUCCAGUGGUUCAUUGCUCACACUCCAAAAACCACAUUACCCAAUCAUUCCAACCCACGACACCACCCUUGCCAAUUGGCCAGAUAGAACUCACGUGACAUGGCACGCGUCUGUUGACGUGGAAGAGACCCAUUGGUUCAAAACUAAGACUUAACUUAUGUAACACCAUGAUGGGGACUGUAGCAGUUAGAAACCUGAAAAUGCCGAACUCACUUUCUUUGUGCCACUCUCCAUUCCAUUAAACCUUUCCACCAACUCCAUCUGAACAAUUGCACAGGCUCUGCUCUGCCACAAACCCAAUUCCGCGAGAGAGAGAGAGAGAGAGAGAAAGAGAGUACCAUAAACAUACAAAACAAAGAAGGAACAAAAUGUCUGGUGAAGUUGAAGAUGUGGAAAACAGAGGAGUGAAAGACAGAGAAAGGCCGAGCUACUCGUCUUCUUCUUAUGUGAUAGAGGACUCAGAGACCCAGUGGACUUCUUGGUUGGUCCCCAUGGUUGUUGUGGCUAACGUUGGUGUGUUUCUUGUGGUCAUGUUUGUGAACAAUUGUCCAAAGCACAAUCCUCGGAUUGAGGGCAAGUGUGAGGCAAGGUUUCUCGGGAGGUUCUCGUUUCAACCUUUGAAGGAGAACCCUCUCUUCGGCCCUUCUUCUUCCACAUUAGAGAAGAUGGGAGCUUUAGAUUGGGACAAAGUUGAGCAUAAGCAUCAGGGAUGGAGGCUUUUCACUUGUAUUUGGUUGCAUGCUGGCGUAAUCCACCUGGUUGCUAACAUGCUGAGCCUGGUGUUCAUUGGAAUUCGUAUAGAACAGCAAUUUGGUUUUGUGCGAGUUGGAAUUAUAUACUUGUUGUCUGGAUUUGGAGGGAGCAUACUUUCGUCCCUUUUCAUUCGAAAGAACAUCUCUGUUGGUGCCUCUGGUGCUCUUUUUGGGCUUCUUGGAGCAAUGCUUUCAGAACUAAUUACCAAUUGGACUAUUUAUACCAACAAGGUUGCAGCCCUCCUCACCCUUUUGGUCAUUAUUGCAAUUAACCUUAGUAUUGGAAUUUUGCCACAUGUUGAUAAUUUUGCCCACAUUGGUGGGUUUCUUACUGGUUUCCUCAUCGGCUUUGUCUUGAUGCCCCGUCCUCGGUUUGGGUGGUUGGAGCAACCAAAUCUUCCUGCUCGUGUCAAUGUCAAGUCCAAAUACAAGGCUUACCAAUAUAUGCUAUGGCUUCUUUCUCUUGUUCUGCUGAUUGUUGGCUUUACAGUUGCAUUGGUGAUGCUCUUCCACGGGGAGAAUGGGAAUGACCAUUGUCAUUGGUGUCACUACCUCAGCUGUGUCCCUUCAUCUAGAUGGCAUUGUGAAGAAAAUUAACACUCAAAGCAGACACUUCAAAAAAGAAAAAAGAAAAAAGGGAUAUGUUCCUUUUCUACUAUAUUAAUGUUUAGUUGUUUUAGAAACUGGUUUGCUCAACCUGUUAUUGUAUAGGCAAUUGCUGUAUUAUUGUUGGUGGGUUUUGGAAUGCUCAAAUUUUUGCAUGUUUGAUAUGUUGCUAUAUGUAAUUGCAAUCAUUCUUCAUUGGAUUGGUUUGUCUGUCAA